ACUUUUGGUCGUGGAACUUUUUUAACACUGCCUAGUGUUUACAUAAAGGCAGUCCACUGGUGAUGCUAAAGUAUGUCAUAUAAGGAGCCACUCCAGCUGAGCGACCUUCCGUGGGAUGACGUUAUUUUCCGCCAUAUAUUCCCUCUGCUGAAAGUCGCAGAUCUGUGUCACUUGCAAGGAGUGUCCAAAGACUUCCAGCAACUGUACAUAGACUAUAUGUGCUCUUGUGAAAAACUGGAUUUUUCAGAAUGUACUAUGACAAAUAGUUCUCUACAAAAGGUUGUGAUGCAGAGUCAAAACAGAGAUCCCCGCGGCCUCUUGAAUUGUCUCCCCAAUCUCACCAAGACGCCAGAUGUUCUUAUCACACUUCUGGAGGCAACACAGCGAUUUGACCUUUCUAUUAUUAAACAUUCAUCAUUGAUUGACAAUGAUCAGCGAAAGAUAUAUCUCAAGGUGGGACAGUCACCCCUGCCUCUGAAGCACUUAGUGCGAGUGUUCCUGCGUCAAGAGCUCGCAGAGAAGCUACCCACUAGAAUCGAUGAACUGGAAUUACCAGUGAUUAUGAAGAAGUACCUACUGUACGAGAUCAGCUAACUGGCUGGACAUGUCUAGUAAUUAAGGUGUACAGUAGUUAUAAAUUACCAUUGCACAUUAUUGUAUUCUAUACUUGUAAUAUUCUUUAUAGUUGAAAUGUGAUCCUUUCGACAAGUUGAUCCCAUGUUCCACAUGGUUUUAUUUGUUGUGUACUGUAUAGUGAAAGCCUCAAAGGGAAUUUUUUUUAAUAUGCAUCUACAGUACUGUAAUUUGAUGUAUAGCUUCGAUUUGAGGUACAGUUCACUCCCACCCAAAAUGAAGCAAUCAGUUCAGAGACUCAUUCCCAUGACUCAGUUUCACUACGGGGAGCGAACUUUUGUCUUCGACUGUACUGUUCAUUGAAAUAUUACAAAAUUAUGAAUCCACAUGUAAAGCUCAUAGCAAAUGAACAACAACAAACGUUGGAUUUUGCACCUUGGUGCAGUUUUUGACGUUGCCCAACUUCUCAGUAAUUUGUGAUAUUUUCAUAUUAUGAUUGUUUAUAUGAACAGAACCCUUAGAUUUUUAAACUGUGGCUGGUCGGGAACACUUGAGCCAACACAAUGAGUUUAGACUCACUGUUAGAGGUUCGUUCAGUUAGCUUUAGAUGAUUGGCAUCUAUAAAUUAUUCAUCUGUUUAAUAUAUUAGAAAUUUUAAGAUCAAAGUAUUUGAAUUUUUUUACAGUGUUAAAUUCAACCCAUUACAAAAUCACCAGUGCAUGUAUUAAGGACCUUGUCAAUGUGAUCCAUUUAUUCAAACAAAAUAUCUUCCUCUUUAGAAAGAGUUGACUUCCACAUAUUUUGAGGGGUACUGCAAAGUUUUAUGAGAGUACAAUAGACCCUUGCCAUUCACGAGUUUGCGAUUUCAAUGAUUCGUGGUAAGCAGAUGGUGGCUAGCUUGCAAGCCUUUUCCUGCAGCACAAGUCACCCCACGCAGCAUUUCGUGUUCUACUCUCAAAACUUUAGUGUUUCAGUGUGAAAUGGCCCCUAAAAGACUGCCUAGUGUCAGUGCGAGUGAUGACCCUGACAAAGAAAGUUGUAUUAUUAGAUAAGUUAAAAGAGGGUUCGUAUAAGUUGCUAUGCACGGUUUUGCCAAUCCACACCAUUCCUUGGAACCUAUCCCUCACGAAUAACAAGGGUCUACUGUAUAAGUAUUUUAUUUAUUUAUAUGUAGUACUGUAUACUGUAUAUAUGUUGAUAAUUACAUUAGUUUAGUAUUUCCAUUUAUGCCCAAAAUAGCAUUGUUGUUUGAAGAUACUUUUGUGUAAGGUAAAACGAAUAUUUGUCCAGUAGUAGACAGGUAAUAGACAUGCAGACAUUUAUAGUGGCUGUAUUUUAACUUGACCUGGUCUUUACAUUCUUCACCCUUGAAACUUCUCUUUUAGAUCUUCACUCUUAAAUCUUUCUUCUUGAAUCAUCACUCUUGGAUCCUCAUCCUCUUACUUGUACCUUCUUUCUACCUUCAUGUUUCCUUCACCAUCAGCCAGCUUUUGCCACCACCCCCACUUGACUAGGUCUUGGCCACCAGUACUCGAGGGACAACAUUAGCUCUUCUAGGUAAGAAAAACAAGGAUUACCGAGCACAUUGCCAUAUAUGGAGUACUUCAGUUCUCAAGUACAUUAGUUUGUCAAUUAUUUUUACAUAUCAAUUACUUUUGUAUGUAUAUGUGUGUUGGGUUUUUUAGUGUCAGCCAUUUGAUAUUUUUGUAAUUUAUACUAUCUAUUUAUAUAUAUAUAUAUAU